UGUCGGAUUGAACGAAGAAUAAAAACCAAUCCAUACUGCUAACAAGUGUGCCGCACAGAUCCUCAUCAGAUCUCAAGAUCGCCGGGACACGUGGGCCCAAGGACGUCAUCAGCUGAACUCGACUUCUCCCAUUUCUCUCCCACUCGCUCGCUCUCUUUUCUCUUGAUUUCUACAUCUCAUGAACAAGCGAUAGUACCAUCGCAACAGUCACAAUGGACUCUCUCAGCCUUUACAUGCUCACCUUCAACUGCGCGCGAACUCCCGUCGACAUCGAUCUAUUCGCAUCGCAUUUCUUCGACGCUCUACCCCACACCGACACUUCAACCGACGAUUCCCUCACACCCCCCGAAUUGAUCGUGCUCAGCCUCCAAGAGAUCGCUCCUAUCGCUUAUGCCUUUCUCGGGGGUUCAUACCUGGAUACCUACUUCAAUGCUUUCCGCCGUGUGAUCGACCAAGCGGUGUCGCAACGGUGGGAUGGUACGAGCUAUGACAUUCUGGUGCGGGACAACUCCGGCAUGACGGGACUUCUUGUCUUUGCUCGCUCAGAUGUUGUCGAUAAGGUGUCAUGGAUUGACUCUGCCCGUGUUGGUUUUGGAUUCCAGCAGAUGGGGAACAAAGGUGCGGUUGGUGCGCGGUUGGGAUACUCUGCAGAUGGGCAGCCCGGCAAUACGGUGGAUUUGACUUUCGUUGCGGCACAUUUGGCCCCGAUGGAAUGGGCUUGGGAGCAGCGGAACCGGGAUUGGAGAAGUAUCGUGGAACGUCUGGUGUUCUCCCGAGAACAGGAUGCGAAGCAGAGAAAUGUGGAAGCUGAAGGCGAUUCCGAAGAAAGCGCUGCUCUGCUUCAAGGGUCGAGCUCUGAGAGAACCGGCAACGAAGUCGGAGUCUUCAUUCCUACGACCUACCUCUUCCUUGGCGGGGACUUGAAUUACCGCACAUCCAACACCAGCCCACUCCAAGGAGACCAUGUCCGAUUCCCUCGAUUCAACGCAGAUCCUUCCAGUCCCCAACACUAUUCGCAGCUAUUGAAGGAUGACCAGCUUACGCGAGAAAUGCGCAAGGCUAGAUCCUUCCAGGGUAUGUCGGAGGCCCCCAUUACCUUUCCACCGACGUACAAGUAUACAUCAGCAGCCCGCAAAACCGCGCGCGAGGCGUUAUACAGCGGAGACCCGAAGCUGCAGGAACAGAUCUGGACGAGUAGCCGAUGGCCCAGCUGGUGCGACCGUAUUUUAUACUUGGAUACACCGUCGUGGAUGAAGGGGAGUCGCAAUCUCCAGCCUCAUAAGUACGACGCAUUACCUCUCUUCCCGACAUCCGACCACCGUCCGGUUGCGCUCUCUGUUUCUGUCCCGCUGAAUGCGAUCCAAGUCCCCAGAGAUGUUGACCAUACGAACGACGUACGACUCAUUGCUCCGUUUUCGGUUGAUCCCGAAUGGAAAUCUAAGCGAGAUGCCGCAAGGACUAAGGAGCUCCUGGUCGGCUACUUGGCAUACGCUGGAUGGACCUGGGAAGGAAAUGGGUACAUGCUUGCGACACUGCUUGGACUGUUUGGAGUAUGGCUCGUGCUUGGAUCGAUGCUGUAUAGCUAAGAUUGCUGGGUGUUUCAGAAAAUGAUCCUGGACAUUUCAUGCAAGACAUACAUGUCUUAUGCCGAUCGGAUAUGAUCUAUAUUUGGGUGCGAAUAAGCAGACCCCGGAUUUUCAGUCCAAUCCAUGGAACCUUGUCCGGUGUGGUCCGAUCAUGCCUUAUGCGUGAAAUUUCUCGAAGUCUUUUAAGGGUUCUCGAAUCCGUAA